AUUCCCUCAUCCAUCACAGAUUCACACUCCAUCUUCAUCCUCACAAAAAAAUGGAACUUACAGGAACAAGCUUGGCUGCAUUUUGGCCUUCUUCUAUCCUUCAUCUUCAUGUGUUUUUCUUAAUUUCUGUAACCAUACUAUGGUUCCAACCUGCUGAUUGUCUCACCAAAUUGGGAAAUGAGACUGAUAGGCUUUCUCUACUGGAAUUCAAAGCCAAGAUAAGCAAUGAUCCAAAUGGAUUCUUUAGCUUAUGGAAUGAUUCUGUCCAUUUCUGCAAAUGGCAAGGAGUUACUUGUGGCCGCAAACAUCAGAGAGUUAGGUCUCUAAGUCUCAUCGGAUUGAGCUUGUCAGGGACCAUAUCUCCUCAUGCAGGGAAUCUCACUUUCUUGAGGUACCUGGGUCUUGCUGACAACAAAUUCCAUGGAGAAAUUCCUCAAGAAGUAGGUAAACUAUUCCGGUUGAGAACUAUCGAAAUGCGGAAUAACUCAUUGAGUGGUGAAAUUCCUGGCCACAUCAGCAAUUGCUCAGAGCUCAGGAUUAUAAGUUUGCUUUACAACAAUUUAGCGGGAAAAAUUCCUGCUGAGCUUGGCUCUUUAAAGAAGCUUGAGAUUCUUUACGUUGGCAGCAAUAAUCUCUCAGGAGAGAUCCCACAUUCGCUCGGAAAUCUUUCAUCCCUCACUGAUCUAUAUUUAUCAUACAAUCAUUUGCAGGGAAAGAUUCCAACAGAAUUGGGACACUUAACAAACUUAACUGCCCUUGCCGUCGGAGCUAAUAAUCUGAGUGGUACAAUACCUCCUGCCCUUUACAAUAUCUCAUCUAUCACUACCUUUGAAACUACAUACAAUCAAUUAAGUGGGAGUCUCCCAGCAAACAUAGGCUUUACUCUUCCGAACCUGCAACAACUGUUCUUGGCUGAAAAUGGAUUUUUUGGAACUAUUCCAGAAUCAUUGGCCAAUGCUUCUCAGCUUCGGCUUAUUGACAUCUCUUUCAACAGGUUCACGGGGCAAUUUCCAACCAAUAUGGGAAAUCUCAAGGGUCUUCAAGGGCUUCAUUUGGAGCUCAAUUUCUUUGGCAGUAACACAAGUCAAGAUUUGAGUUUUGUACCAUCUCUGGCCAACUGCAGCAAUCUGCAACAACUAUACUUUGAUGGAAACAAUUUUGGUGGUGUAUUACCUAGCUCCAUUGGCAAUCUGUCCAACCUUGUCCAACUGGGUCUAGGACGAAAUCCAAUAUCUGGGACAAUCCCAGAAGAGGUAGGGAAUCUUGUCAAUUUGUAUCGACUAGACAUGGAUGGAAAUCUUUUUUCUGGUAGUAUCCCCAUUUCUUUGGGAAAGCUAAAAAAGCUGGAAAGGCUAACCUUAAAUGAAAAUCUACUUUCUGGAGAAAUCCCAGUGUUCCUAGGAAACAUCACCAAGCUAUAUUGGCUUCAGUUAGAAGGAAACAAACUCCAAGGAAAUAUAACUCCAAGUCUUGGAAGCUGCCAAAAUCUUCGUUUCCUAGAUGUCUCAAGAAAUAAACUCACGGGCAUCAUACCUAAACAAAUCCUUGGCCUUUCUUCUCUAUCAGAAACUCUUAACUUAUCGCAUAACUCAUUGACAGGUCCCUUACCCUUAGAAGUUGGCAACUUGAGAAGUAUUAGGGCAUUAGAUGUCUCAGAGAACAAACUCUAUGGGGAAAUUCCUAAGACAAUAGGUGAUUGUUCUAGGCUAGAAAUCCUUAAAAUGCAGGGUAACUUCCUGCAAGGACCCAUUCCCUCAUCUUUUGAUUCUUUGAGAGGUCUCCAACGAAUAGAUCUAUCCAGAAACAACUUGUCAGGAAAUAUUCCAAAUGAGUUAGAGAAACUUAUCUUCUUGCAAUAUUUGAAUCUUUCUUUCAAUAAUUUUGAGGGUGAGGUACCAAAAACAGGAGUUUUCAGCAACGCAAGUUCAUUUUCGCUUGUUGGAAAUAGAAAUAUUUGUGGAGGUAUCCCCGAAUUGCAGCUACCAGCAUGCAUUGUCAAUGAAGAAAAACACAGUAGACCUUCCACUGUCAUAAUCCUCACCACAACCAUCAGUUCAUUUCUUUUAGUCGUGAUAGUGACCUCCUUAUGUCUUUUCUAUCGGCGAAAGUCAAGAAAGAGUCCAAUUUUCUCACCCUUUACAGUGGAUAAGGUUCCUCAAAUUUCAUUCAGGGAACUCUUGAAAGCAACUGGUGGAUUCUCUUCAGAAAACUUAAUUGGACAAGGCAGUUUUGGCUCGGUAUAUAAAGGAAGUCUUGAUCUGCAGGGUGAAUGUUUCGUUGCUGUAAAGGUACUCAACCUUCAGCAACAUGGAGCUUCCAAGAGCUUCAUUGCUGAGUGCAAAGCACUGAAAAACAUCCGGCACCGGAAUCUUGUUAAAAUCUUGACGUACUGCUCCAGCAUUGAUUUUAAAGGAAAUGAUUUCAAAGCUCUAGUGUUUACAUUCAUGGAAAAUGGCAGUUUGGAAAUGUGGUUGCAUCCAGAGGAAAAUGGUUAUAGUCAGAUGAAGAGAUUAAACUUUCUCCAAAGACUAUGCAUUGCCAUGGAUGUAGCUUCUGCAUUGCAUUAUCUUCAUAACCAUUGUGAAACGCAAAUCAUUCAUUGUGACUUGAAGCCAAGCAAUAUUCUCCUUGACAAUGACAUGACUGCUCAUGUUAGUGACUUUGGAUUAGCAAGGCUCAUUUCUGAAAGCACCAGCAAUCCUUCUCAAACCCAAAAUUUCUCAACGGGGAUAAAGGGAACAAUUGGCUACAUGGCUCCAGAAUAUGGAGUAGGCAGCAAUGUGACAACUUAUGGAGACGUGUAUAGCUUUGGAAUACUUUUGCUAGAGAUGUUCACAGGAAGGAGACCAACUCAUGAUGUUUUUAUAGAUGGUUUAGAUCUCCACAAUUUUGUUAAGGCUAAGCUCCCAGGACAAGUCAUGCAGGUUGUGGAUCCCACUUUAUUCACUCCAAGAGAAGUGGGGGCAGCAGAAAAUAUGGAUGAUGAUGAAAGUAUUGAAGAGAGUGUACAAGAGUGUGUUGUAUCAGUCCUUCAAAUUGGAGUUGCAUGCUCCGCAAAAGUGCCACAAGAUCGAAUGAAUAUGAGGGAUGUAACAAGCAAACUAAAUGCCAUCAAGGUUUCUUUCACAGGGUCCAGGGACUAGGUUAAUAAGGAUUUGAUAUAUUUCAGAAGCACAGCUUUCAGAAAAAUGAGUUAUAGAGACUCAGAAAGUAGCCUUUUUUCUAGUUCACAAAAAAAUAAUUCAAGCUUUUUCCUUUUUUUUUUCAUAAUUGUUCAUCUCAUUUGUGAACUUUCGCAUUGACACUCUAAUUAUUCUUCUCUUUUAAACUCAAGCUCAGAAAUGGGAAUGCUUGAUUUGAUUAAUACAACAGCCAUCAGGAACUUGGGAUAAUGGAGUUGAACUUCAUAA